AGGCCGUGGCCACGUGGUGGAGGCGGCAAGAUGGGGCGGCAGAGCAGGAGCAAGAGCCAGAAGCGGGAGCGGGCAGCGGCGCAGCUCCAGGCGCAGCAGGACUUCGGCUCCGUGCCCCAUUCCUUCGUGUUCCAGCGCGGGCGCGGGGGCCGCAGCCUGCGGCACCUCGUGGCCGACAUGCGGCGGGUGAUGGAGCCCUACACGGCCCGAGCCCUGCGGGUGCGGAAAAGCAACUCCCUGAAGGACUUUGUGGCCGUGGCCGGGCCCCUGGGGGUAACGCAUUUCUUGGUCUUCAGUAAAUCAAUGUCCAGCAUCAACUUGAAGCUGUUCCGGCUGCCCGGGGGCCCAACGCUCACCUUCAAAGUGAUGGAGUAUUCGCUCAUCAGGGACGUGGUCUCGUCGCUCAAGCGGCACCGGAUGCACGAGCAGCAGUUCACCCACCACCCGCUCCUGGUGCUCAGCAACUUCGGGCUGCAGCAGAUCCACGUCAAGCUCAUGGCCAGCAUGUUCCAGAACAUGUUCCCUUCCAUCAAUGUCCGCACAGUCAACCUCAACAGCAUCAAGAGGUGUUUGCUCAUCACCUACGACACGGAGACGCAGCUCCUCGAGUUCAGGCAUUACAGCGUCAAAGUCGUGCCCGUGGGUGUGAGCAAAGGCCUCAAGAAGCUGCUGCAGGAGAAGUUCCCCAACAUGAGCCGCUUGGAAGACAUCAGUGAGCUGCUGGUGAAGGAUAUAAACCUCUCGGAGAGCGAAGCCGAGCAGGAUGGGAGCCACAACGUGCUGGAGCUGCCACAGGCCUACGCGGGCCGAGGCAACAUGAAGGCGCAGCAGAGCGCCGUGCGCCUCACCGAGAUCGGGCCCCGCAUGACGCUGCGGCUCAGCAAGGUUGAGGAGGGGCUGGCGCAGGGCAAUGUGCUCUACCACGGCUUCAUCCAUAAGUCGGAGGCGGAGGUGCAGGAGCUGCUGGCGCGGAAGGAGGCAAAGCUGCGGCUCCGGGCGGAGCGGCGCCAGCGGCAGGAGGCGGCCGUGGAGUGCAAGCGGCGGCAGCGGGAGGCGCAGAGGGAGAAGAGCCUGGAGGGGAUGCGCAGGAAGCGGCAGCAGGAGGACGGGGAUAGCGGCGCUGAGGAUCCUGGCGCUCCGGAGCAGGAUGCGGCCGAGGAGGAGGAGGAAGAGGAGAGCGAUGCUGAGCACUACCGGCGGGAGGUGGGCGAGGAGCCGGAUCAGGAUCUGUUCCCUGACCGCAGCAAGAGGAAGCGACGUUCCUUGGGCCCUUCCCGGCUCCGGAAGCGGCGCCGGCGCAUCCCACCGGAGCAUCCCACCACCUCCAACCCUCACCCCACAGCACCGGGGGCCCCGCGGCGGCACCGUGGCACCGGGCCCAAAGCACAGCGAGGAGCCGGUGCUGCCGCCAGGCCCAGGGGCCAAAGGAAGCUGCUGCCAAAGGGGAAAACGAUAUUCCAGCGCCUGGGACGUGCCAGGAAGGGGAAGCACUGAGGGAGCAGGAUUGGGACCUCCCCAAUCCCUGUUGCUGUGGAAUACAUGGCUUGGAAUGGAC